GAAGAUAAGGUUGAAGUGCUUAAACGAAGCGUUGAGGGUUUGUUGAAAAAUCAAGGUCAUCAAGAUUCUGAUCUCUAUGUUAUUAUUCCUAAGAAUUCGACGGCCGAAAUAUUUGAUUAUUUUAAAAAUGGAACUUUUGAUACAGACCAAGUUCAUAUUAUC